AAUGGGCCCGUCCAGAGACGAGGAGUCCUCGCCCUUUGGCACAUCCAGUCGGGGCAGCAGUUCGAUUGCGCCACAAGGGUCGACCACAUCCUCCAAGGAGAACGUGGACGUGGUCGACAAAUCCCACGGCGAUGACACCGGUCCGUCAAAUGCAGUGCAAAUCCCUGAUUUCCCUGAGGGCGGAUGGCGCGCCUGGCUCACCGUACUGGGAGGCUCGAUGGUCACCUUCUGCACGUUUGGCGUGGUGCAGUCGUUUGGGGUCUACCAAGACUAUUACACGAGGGUUGCCCUAUCCGAGCAUUCCCCUUCAGCGAUCAGCUUGAUUGGAUCCUUGCAGGUCUUCUUCGUGUUUGCGAUGGGCUUGCCUGCUGGACACCUCUUUGAUGCGGGGUACUUCCACCACCUUCUCCUCGCAGGUUCCGCCAUUUACAUCUUCUGUAUCUUCAUGCUUUCUUUGGCCGAGCCGCACCACUACUACCAGUAUGUGCUAUCACAGGGGAUAGGAAUGGGCCUGGGGAUGGGACUCAUGUUCCUUCCGUCUCUCACUAUUACGUCGCACUAUUUUCGCCUCAAACGAUCCAUAGCUAUGGGAAUCGUAGUCGCAGGAUCAAGCAUUGGUGGUGUGGUGUAUCCUAUCCUUCUGAACAACGUCUUCCAGCGAGCCACCGGGUUCCGGUGGGGAGUUAGGUCUGUGGCUUUUAUGGACCUGGGUUUCUUAAUUAUCGCCAACUCGAUUAUGCGAACACGACUACCGCCAAAAAAGAAGCGCGCAGACGGUGGCGGGGCCACAUUUAGGAGCGUUCUCACUGACGUUCCAUUCCUAAUGUAUAUGCUGGGCGCAUUUUUGGUAUUUUGGGGCAUCUUCGUGCCAGUCUUUUACCUCCAACUGUACGCCGUACUACACGGCGUGGACCCAGUUUUCACCAAGUACUCGAUCACGAUCAUGAACGCAUCAUCGUUUUUCGGCAGGACGGUGCCCAACCUGCUGGCGGACGCCUACGGCCCCUUGAAUGUUAUGAUCGCCUCGUCGGUCCUUUCGGCAGGCCUGAUUUUCGCGCUCUUUGGCGCUACAAGCGUCGCUGGCGUGACGGCCUUUGGUAUUUUCUAUGGAUUUUUCUCCGGAGGCGGUAUCUCCAUAGCUGCGCCAGCCGUCGGAUCGUUCAUCACGCAUCGGGACUUGUCUGACCUGGGCAUUCGCAUUGGAAUGCUCUCUUUCACGCUUGCGUUUGCGCUGCUCACUGGAAACCCCAUCGCUGGCGCUCUGCUGACCUCACAUCGCAUCUGGCAUCGGCCGCUGAUUUUCGCUGCGAUCGUCGUGUUCAUGGGCGCUGCGAGCCAUGCCGUGAUCUGGAGGACCGUCACCAGGCGAAAGAAGUCGUCAAAAAUAUG